AUGUCGACCGCCGUGCCGCGCGCGUGGACGUCGCGCGCGGUGCGACGCGCGCGCGAGGGGCGAGCUGGACGGCGAGACGCGCGGUCGUGGCGGCAUGGGCGAACGAAUCCGAGCGCGCGACGAUGGACCGAGACGCCGCGCGCGUUCGCGUCGAGGGAAGAAUCUUUAGAGGCGCUUCGUCGAUCGAUGUACGCCGAGGAGGAGGUUGAAAUCGCGGUGGAGGGGACGUACGGGCGGGAAAGGGCGUUGGCGGAGCUCGAAGCGCGCGCGCCCGCGUUUCGAGGGGUGAUACGAACGGUUGGAAGCUCGAUUUUUAAGAGAUUAGCGAGUGUGAUGGCGAUGAUGGUGUUCGUGCGAGCGGGUUUGUUGCUCCCGACGAGGUUUUUCGACGCCACGGGGGUGGGGGAGUCGAUGUUUAGCAUGGCGACGUUGAUGUCCACGUUUUCGGGCGGGAACGGAGCGUUGGACGUCGUGGCGAACGCGCUGGGACUUUCCGGCACAGCCGCGGGGGGCGAUGCGCUCAGAUCAAGUUGGCUCGCUGAGUCCUUGAGUUCGGGAGGGGGUGUGCCAUGGUUUCACGUCGGCAUCGGGCCGUACAUCGGCGCGUCUAUCGCGGUGUCCAUUUUCACCGCCAUGACGCCUGAGUUUCAGCAGAUGCGCAAGGAUCAAACGGGACAGGAAACGAUAAAGUGGUGGACGCGAUUGCUCACGUUCGCUAUCGCGCUCGUGCAGAGCGUCGUCGAGGCGCGAUCGAUGCGCAUGCACAGCUUGGUGGGCACGGGGUUUGAGUACUACCUCCUCGUCGUACCGAUGUUCGUUACCGGAGCGCUCGCAAUCACUUGGAUCGCGGACGAGAUCACGAAUUACGGCUUGGGUCAGGGAAGUAGCGUGAUCAUCACCAUGUCCAUAUGUGGUGGCUACUUCACCGCGCUUAAGGCUCUGCUUCCGAAGAUUAUCGAGAACUUUACUCUCGCGGCGGCGCUGCCCAUCGUAGCCUUCUUUAGCGUCUUCAUGCUCGGCACGGUCAUCUUGGAGCAAGGUACCGCAAAGGUACCUUUGCAGUAUUUCCAGGGCCCAGCUGGCAGCGCCGGGUUACCGAAGGCCAUCGCCGAGGCCGACGAGGGCGAUCACAUUCCAUUCAAGAUAAACCCGACGAACAUGCAACCAGUCAUUUUUGCCAUGUUCAUCCUGGGCGCCUUACAGUGGCUCCCGAUCGGUCUCAAGGCGAAUUCAGUCGUGUACUUCGUCUUGCUUUUCGUCUUCGUGUUCACCGGGACGUACAUCGACCUGCAGAAUACCCCGCAAGAGAUCAGCGAGUACUUGAUGAAGAUUGGCGCACGCGUGCCGGGCGUGCGCCCCGGAACGCAAACAGUCGACUUUUUCAAUCGUGUCCAGGCGGGAUCGAGAUUCUUCGGAGGCGUCCUCCUCGCCUCUAUCGCCACCGCGUGCUCGCUCACGGACAUGUGGAUGAACAAAAUGAUCGGCCAAUCGUUCGGUUUGACAUCGAUGCUCAUCGUUGUGAGCACCAUCGUGUCCAUUAAGCGCCAAAUAGCGGCGAUGUCGCAAAUGCCUAAGAUGGACCAAGCCUUGCGAGCGAUGUGA